AUGCGUUCCGCGUGCGGUCUUCUCGAAUUUUCUGUCACUUUCAGUGUUUGUCUUGUUAAUUUCUGUAUUUUUAGGUUUAAAACGGCAUAAUGGAUCCCUCAAAGCGCACUAUCGGAAAGAGAGAGGUCCUUCAAAUAGACCCGUCACUUCGAGGUUAGAAAAAUCGUUUGUUGCCGUCGAAAAUUGAAAUUUUCAAGUGAAACGUCGUUCUCCGCCUUUCUCAGAUAUUCCAGUGGACACAGGCCGUUUGCUCCGAGGUAAACUCGUAUCGAUUUCAGAGAAAAUGUUUUUUUUUCAGCACCGGCUCAUCGAUCGGCGCCAGCGUCUCGAUGUUCUCGUCGCGAAACUCACAGGCCGAAGACGGCGAUUGCCAAGAGCUCGACGGCGUCCGGACCAUCAUGAUGCACAUCAGCUUCGAGGACAUGGUGGCGGACAAGAAGAUACAGAAGACGCGCUACCCGGAAUUCCAUCAGUUCCUGUUGACCACGCAGUAGACGUGGUUCGAACCGGUUCCCUACCAUGGGACCGUCUAGUGUAGAACGUGUGCCGACGAAAGAACAAGUUCAAACGGACGAUUCGGUUGCAGUGGUGAGUAUUUGAUUAUCAAUUCACAGGACGGCUCAAAAUACACUUUACUUUACAGACUGACUUGAUUCAAUCCGUAGUAACCUCGACUAAUGGACAGUUUCAUGGGAGAGAAGAGCCCGGAACUGAGAAUAAGAAAGAGGUCGUGGAGACACCAACAGGGGAGCAGAAGGUAAGGAGUGUUGAACAGAUCAGAAACGUGUUGGGAUUGGACCGGGUAGCAUACCGUGCCACAAGAAACAUUUUUGACAAGAGCCCGGCACCUGUCUUCCACUAGAGUUAGACAUCGAAAUAGUGAAGUAGCCUUCCAACUUUUCUUAUACGUAGAUAUAUGACACAAACGUUUCUGGGACUCAUUCAGACACCUCUGAAUGCUUUGCAAACUUUUCAUUUAUGUCUCAUGUGUUCUAUGUAUCUUCUGAAGCAGCACUUGAAAGUAAUACUCGAUUAAAGCUACGUAGUAUAAAAAUUGUUUCAAUUUGUGAAGAAAUUUGUUACAUACAUAGCCUCCUACUCAGUCAGUUCCACAAUGAAGUUGUCAUUUCAGAAAACUGUGGUCUACGACAACAUCAUCGAGCCGGAGACGGGUUCCGAACUGGACACGGACGACAAUGGCGAUGAUGGCGAUGAUGACGACGAUGAGAUGGAACUUUUUUUCUGUUUUUGUCUGUUUUUCCUGUUCCUUCUGUUCUUUCAUUUCUUUUUCUAUGUGAUUCCGAUCUUCAUCAGCAACGUUACUGGUUUUUCAAAUUUUGUCUUUCUCCAGCUAAAAAUUGUGAAAGUACAUUUAUUAUGUAACAACGUGUUGGACAACUUGUUUUUUUUGUUACUCCGAUGCGUAGAAUAUGGUUCAAAACGCACUAUAUACAUUAAUUACCCCGUAUCCCUUCUCUCAAGCUUUUUUUCAUUUUAACUGUUGUUGCUUCUUCAUUCUUCACCACACUAAAAAUAUUGUCGCCAUCUGCAGAUGGUAGGAAAAGGAAAGGUGAGACGGGUCCUCCACCCUGCACGAGACACAUGUGAAAGAGAGAUGCAGAGAAAAGGCGAACAUCCACCGUCUGACCUCCUCUCUCUUUUUCCAGGUCUGCGCGCGGCUCGUCACUUAUUGCACCUCUAUUCCUCUCACAUUUUUUCAUUUUUUAAGUUCUCUUCUUUUCAAUAUGUACAUUCCGUCCCAAUGUCAGCCCGUUUCUUCCCAAUCUCUUGAUUUCAUGCUUUGGUUCGAUCUGGGUGAGAGCUUUGGCUUUGCACUGAUUGAUUCCAUUUCAUCCAUGGAAACUACCGGCACGGAGGGGGUUUUAGUAUCGAGACUUCAUCAUAUGAUUUAUGAGUCAUCUUUCCAAAAAGUAGUUUGCUUCCUGCUUUCAGUUCACUUCUGAUGUUUCAAUUCUUAUGAAACUUCAAAUUUAAAGUGAAUUAUGAAAAAAGGAGCCAUCAUGUCUGCAAAUUCCUUCGUUUGAAAUCGCGCCAUUAUCAGAAGUUACAGAAGGACCAGGGAACCCAAAAAUUUUUUGAUUUUUUUGUAAAAUUUUUUUGUGACUGUUUGAAUUGUCUUUUAUUGCCUUAUACACUGGUGAAAUGCUGCCUCUCAAAAAUGCCAAUGAACGAAACGGCAUUCAGUUGAAGUUGUGGCCGUGGCCUAGCGCCAAUGGCCGAAAAAUAUAUAAAAAUAUAUGCGCUUCUCGGCCAUUUUAUUUUUUCCGCUUUUUUAUCGGUUUUUUUUCCAAAAAUUCACGGUUUCUCCCAUUUUUCAGUUGAUUGACAUUUGUUCGGCACUUUCUUAUUUUUUCACUGCUAAAAAAUUGUUUUCAUUCAGUCGAUACGAAGUGCCAGAUGAGUGGUUUCCGUGGAACAAGGGCGAUUUUAUCGCGAAAAAAGCGGAAAAAAGCGGAAAAAAUAAAAUGGCCGAGAAGCACAUAUUUCUAGGCCAUUGGCGCUAGGCCACGGCCACAACUUCAACUGCAUGCCGUUUCGUUCAUUGGAAUUUUUGAGAGGCAGAAUUUCACCAGUGUAUGAGGCAAUAAAAGACAAUUCAAACAGUCACAAAAAAAAUUUCACAAAAAAAUCAAAAAAUUUUUGGGUUCCCUGGUCCUUUAACACUCGUGAUUCUUAUAUAACGUGCAUAAAAUUCCAAAAUCUAAUCGAUUCGAUCAGCGCAUCAUUGUCUUCUUUCGUCAUAAAUAUGAUUUGCACGAGUUUUCGAACGUUUUCUUAUAAUUGCCAUUAAUUGCUCUCUUUAUCUGGUCGUUUCUCUAGAAGUAAAGACUCUUAUCAUUCCGUCUUACUUAUCUACAUAGUUUAAGAUAAGCACUCAGAAUUGAAUUGUUUCAGAAAGCACUCUUUCCGCUCAGUUCAUCGAAAUGGCGGCAGUCAGGGAACACUCGCAGAAGAGCGUUUGUUACUUCCAUAACAAUCUUGUUGCCGACUACACUUUUGACACUGUACACCCGAUGAAGCCGUAUCGGCUCUUUCUCACCGACAUUCUGAUUGAAGAUGCCGGUCUCUACAAUAAAAUGCGAGUAGUGGUAAGAUUUCAGUCAAAUUUUCGGAAUUUCAUUCAAACGUUUCAGAACUCUUCGUUUGCUUCCCACAAGGAUAUGAAGGUUUACCACUCGAAGAAAUACAUCGACUUCUUGCGGAAUUCAGUCGAUCAGCCGGAUAGAGUGAAUUGGAAUUGUGAGUAAAAUUUUGUCCUCUCUGCUUAACGCCACCUGAAUCAAAAUUUGAAUUUCCUGUGAUAACAGAGAAUCUAACAGUUAAUACAAUUAUUUACGUCUUUUUUUUUAGACGGUCUGGGCCCAGGCGAUUGCCCUCUGUUUCCGGGAUACUACGAGUUCACCCAAUUGUCUACUGGCGGAUCUUUGGCAGCCGCACAGAGUAUAAAUCAAAGACAAAGUGAGAUUGCUAUCAACUGGAUGGGUGGACUCCAUCAUGCCCUACAUUCCCGAGCAAAUGGCUUUUGCUACGUGAAUGAUAUUGUGAUCGCAAUUCUGGAACUGUUGAAGUCGCACGAGCGGGUGUUGUACGUCGACAUCGACGUUCAUCACGGCGACGGAGUGGAGGAGGCAUUCAAGACGAGCAACCGUGUCAUGACCGUCUCAUUCCAUCGUGAAACCAUCGGUUUCUUUCCUUUUGGAAAAGGAAAAGUUCAGACGUGUGGAGAAGGCGACGGAAAAGGCUACAACGUCAAUAUUCCAUUGAAGCACAGCAUCACCGACGAGAAUUACCAUCACAUCUUCAACAUAAUAAUGGAGAUGGUCUUGAGUCGUUUCGCGCCCAACGCCGUCGUGCUCCAAUGUGGAGCCGAUUCGCUCACUCAAGACAUCUUGAACGGAGGAUUCGACUUGACGCUUAAAGGCCACGGAGAGAUCGUCUCGUUCUUCAGAAAACGCAAUAUUCCGUUGGUGCUGUUAGGAGGCGGCGGCUAUAACAGUGGCAAUACGGCGCGGUGCUGGGCGUACGAAACCUCAUUGGCGAUCGGUGUUGAAAUUGAAGACUACAUUUCCGAUAGGGUCUAUACCGAAGAAGAUUUCGGGCGAAGCCGAACCCUCCACAUUGAUCCUCCGCCAAGAUCAGAAGACAAAAAAAAGUACCAGUACUUCAACCCGAUCAUCGAAUCCACGCUGAAAAACCUCUCUGAACUUCCGUUUGUGCCGAGUGUGCAAAUGCAACGUAAGUACAUAUUUUCUGGGAGAAAUGUUACAAUUUAUGUAUACAGUGCGCCCAAUAAGUUUUGGACCUUCAAAAAUGGCAACAUUUUUGGAAAAAUAGUGAGCCGGAAAGUCGGAAUGUAUUGCAAAAUGAGUCAAUAUUAUUAAGGAAAAAGCAUUUCGUUGGAACGGUUCCGUUGGUCGUCAGUCUCGUACAACAUAUCAUCACUAUCCAUAGAAAUAAGAAAGUCUUCGGGGGCUAUUUUGUAUGCCAAAUCGGACGGUAUUCUCAAAUUUUUGCUUUUCCUUCUAGUUUUGUCAGAACGCUCAACAUUUAGGGGAGGUCCUAAACUUAUUGUGCCUGCUGUACCACACGACAGUUGAACUGUCACACUUUGUGUUCAAUUUCGUUUCCGAUUUAUGAAAUUGUUUACAGCCAUCCCGACGCCCGCAUUCAAUCCCGCAUUUCAACCAAUGCCACUCAACGAAGCGGAUCCGGAUGAGCGUCAACGGAAUGGAGUGGAGGAUGAGGGCGAGUUCUACGACGGACCAGGACCUUCCCGACCAAGAAGACGCAACACAAGAUCUAACAGAGAUAUGGAAUGA